AUGGACCUUGACGAUCGUAGAAGGCCUGAGGAUCGGCCAAGGCAAAAGCAAUCACGACAUAUCUACGAUGAGCUUCAACAGGACGAGAUACGUGUCCUGAGGCUGAUCUCUGGGAGUACACCUGAUAAAGAGAUCGAUUGUGAAUUGAUCACAACCACGCUAAGUGGCAAUCAAGACGAGUUGAUCGCAGAUCCGCAACAGAAUGGAAGAGUCAAUGAUCCUGAUGUUGUUGAGGUUCAUGCCACUGCGUCAUCGCAGUCAGCAGCAGACAGCGACAGACGCACUGCGUUUCGCGAGCACAUCUCCUAUGAAGCAGUAUCCUGGAGCUGGGGUCGCGAUCCGGCCACAACAUCAAUCAGGGUCCAGAAAAAUGGUGUAGCUUAUGACUUCUCCGUGUCCAAACAUCUGGUGGAAGCCAUGAAAGCUUUACGGCUCAGAAAAAAGGACAGGUACCUUUGGAUUGAUGCUAUCUGCAUCAAUCAGAGCAACCUAGAAGAGCGAAAUUCUCAAGUGCCAAAAAUGGACCGUAUAUACGGGCAGGCCACCAAUGUCUGCAUCUGGGUAGGAGCCGCUGACGAACACAGCGACAAAGCCAUCGAUUUCAUCUCGAAGAGAUUGCUCGAUAUUUGGCGAUUUGACGAACUUUGUAAGGACGAAACACAAACGUCGUCUUGGAAGGCUCUGCUUCACUUGAUGCGUCGAGACUGGUUCAGUCGUAGAUGGGUUGUGCAAGAGAUUGCUCUAGCCAAGAAGGGACGAUUGUAUUGCGGAACGAAAGACAUCGAUUGGCAGGAAUUUGCUGACGCAGUUUCUUUGUUUGUCCAUGUGGAAACGGCGACUCACCUCCUCACCGACGUGAUGAAAAGAGACCAACUCAUGGGAAAUAUGCCAGAUUAUUUUGGAGACGUCCAUGCCCUUGGUGCAGCGCUCCUGGUUGAUGCGACAAGGAAUUUGUUCCGCAAGACAAGCGACGGGGCACGUCACUCGCUUCUCAGUCUUGAAUACCUGAUAUCCAAAUAUUCAGUAUUCCAGGCUUCGCAGCCUCGUGAUACGAUUUAUGCAUUCCUCUCAAUAGCGAGAGAUACCAAGGCACGCACCGCCCCAGCAGAGAUGGCCAUCGUACAUGACCCAGAUAUUCAACGCAUUCAAGCCAAGUUGGAAAAGCUGCAACAUGUACGACAUGUCAUGAAGAAUUGGGGGCGACGGAUGAGCGAGAUGGAGGAGUACGAAGUCAAUUACGCGUUACCGGUUGAAGCGGUGUAUCGUGAUUUCGUCAAGUUCUCCAUCGAGAAGUCCAUGAAGACAGAUCCAAUAAGACCCCUGGACAUUAUCUGUCGCCCUUGGGCACCACCUGUACGCCAUGGUGACGAUAGUGCAGGUAUAGCCUAUCAGGGUCCGAAUGAUGAAGCUCAGUUUCGCGGGAGGAUUUCAACUUCCGACGACCCCAAACGGCCUUUGCCAUCCUGGAUGCGCGACUUAGACCAAGCAGCAUUUUCUAUGAUUCUCACGCCAGGUUACGGGCCGCAUAUGGAGCGCAGAAACGCAGAUCCUCUGGUAGGCUUACCAACUGUUGGAGGAAGAAAUUACAGCGCAGCUGGUACACGCAUGCUGAAUCUUGCAAAACUGCGCUUCAGACCCCGGCACUUCGCGAUGCAGGUGGAGGGUUUCAUUCUCGAUGAGGUUGGCGAAAUGGCCGGACAUUCUAUGAUGGGGGCCAUCCCGGAGGAAUGGCCGCAAUUUGGAGGAUGGGGGAAAAGGGCUGACCAUGUCCCUGAAGCCUUCUGGAGAACGCUUGUCGCUGACCGUGGGCCACAUGGGCAGAAUCCGCCCACAUUCUAUCCCCGCGCUUGCGAGGAAGCCCUUCAGCAUGUCCUCAAUAAUGACAUCCCAUUAAACACGCAACAUAUCAUCAACCAUGGACGAUGCACCAUAGUUGCUGAAUUUCUGCGCAGAGUUCAAGCGGUCAUCUGGAACAGGAGGCUCAUGCAUACAAAGUAUGGCAAGCAUCUUGGCCUGAUACCUAAGAAAGCCAAGAAGGAUGAUCUCGUCUGCAUUUUCUAUGGUUGCAGCGUGCCAGUCCUUUUGAGAAGGCAAGAAAAGACCAAUGGUGAUGUCGCUCAGGACUUUGAACAAGAUGUGGAAAUGUCUGCCAACCUCAUCAAGAAGAAUUGGAAGAGGAGGCGUCACCUGAAAGAGCUGGUCAAGGCAACGGAAAAAGCUGAUGCGGCAUCCUCGAACCCCAGCCAACUCCCAAAUGAUUCUUUACCAAAUGGCCUUGAUGAAGUUCUGCAUGACCAAUCUGACCAAUCCUUUCGGAAACGGAAUCGCAAAGGCAAGUCCAUGUUCAUAACGAUGACUACGAGCCAUGUACAGACAUUGUGGUCGUACAUGCAGUCGCUGUGGCUCAUCGUGGCCACUAUCUAUGCCGGCCUUUGGUACAAUGUCCAUUUUACUGGCAAGCAGGGCGACCUGUCCUCGUGGAGACAUUUCAGUGAUCAAACAGGCAAUUUGGGUCUGCAGGAAGGGCACGCUCUGAGUAUCUUUGCCUGCUUCCAUCUGGGCGUAUACUUGGUUGUUGUCUCACUGGCAGAGAAACUUUCCAAUCACGCCUUGCGCCUGACCUGCGUCCGGAGGAUCCUGAUCAACAUUGAUACGUCCGACCCAUCUCCUGCUGUUGAGUCCCGAGACGACCACCCUGCAGGUGCGUCGACUGUCGCAGUCAAGGGAGGAGUACGCCACGUCCGGGAUUCGAAGAAGUUCGAUGCCCUGCGUUUGCCCGUUCCGAGCAAGGAGUGGUCAGACUAUGUAAAGAAGGCUAUAAAGGAAAAAGAAUUUACGCUGCCCUGGUCAUCUGAAGAGAACCACAGAUUCGACAGAGACACAAUAGUUGCCGAAGCCCCGGAGUGGCAGAGGGAAUACUACACUCUGAUUGGGGAAUGCUACGUCCAUCUAAUGAUGGACGGCGAGGCCAUCGUGUGGCAGGCUAAGGAUACUCACGAUCCUGAGCAUGAUCGGAGGAAAAAGACCAGAAUAUUCGAAUUACGAUGA